AUGCACUUUACCUUGAGCGCUGUAUCUGCAUACGUCUCACUUGCGGCAGCCGUCUCCGCAGCACCCGCCUCGCAGGCAUCAACAAGUAGGGCAACGCCAGCUAACACAAGCAAUGAUUCCACUCGAGUACGAAUAGAGCCCGGCGACUAG